UGACAACAAUCGUCAACAAUGGUGGAAACGGAUUCCGUGACAUACAAGGCAGUGUUCGUUUUCUGAGACGAAAAAUUAUCAAUUAUGGUCAAUACUUCACACGAAAUCAUUACUGCGAUGAUAUUGCAAUAAUAUUUCGCUUAAUAUUGUUACAAAACCAUAAGAAUGUGUGAUGUUUGUUCGGAGUUUUCACAGCUUUUACUAAAUUGUGAGGCAAGAUUAACUGACGAUGUUUCCCAAUACCCAACAAUAAGCCAAUUCGAACUAGAGACUGUCCUGAACUACAUUAUUUCUUGGCCUCAACGGCAAUGCAUGUGCUGCUACCGAGAUGUAAAAAACUUUGAAAGGUUUUAUUUAGUGGUGCAGAGUAUUUUAUGUUUGUCUGUGUGUCAACUGAAGCUACUCAAGGAUGAGUUGAUAACUGCAGCUAAGACAUUACCUCCUGAAGAGUGUGAGGAGAAGCCUCAGCCUCCGGAACUUGCCCCGCCCAACAAUGAAGAGAAAAGUGAUGAGCCCAAGGAGGAACAGGCUCCUGUUGAGCCUGAGGAGUCCAAAACACCUGUGGAGCCGAGCGAGACUGCAGAAGUUCCAUCCACUGCAUCAAAACCUACAGUCACUGAUGAUGCUGAAAUCUGGUCUCUACAGCAAAAGGAAAAGCUCAUGGCAAUUGUCUCGAAAAUUUUCCUUCUAAAUUUCCCUUUAUACUUAGCUUGUAAACACUCGGCACUAAGUCGCUUAGAUGACCUGUCUGCUCAAGAGAUUUCAAAUUUAAGUUCUUACUGUGACUUACAUGAUACAGAAAUACCUGCAUAUCUACUACGUAAUGUUAGCUUGUUCUGUAAGCUUGGUGGGGUGUGUGCAAUGACAUCAGUAUUUGAGCAUGCGUCGCCCAGCACGCUGCCACUGUCCAUGGCACAUGCGAUUGUCGCAGCUGUUGGUAAUCUCAAGCUGUGGUUGAACUUUCGAGCUGUGGCGCAGCUGUUCAUGCCAUUGAGGAGUAAAAUCUUAAAGUACAUGUGCAGUUUGGAGGACAAAGACCUUAGAGUACCAGCUGUGAAGUCUAUGGCAGAUUUCAUGUGGGGAGCUGCAAAAGAGCCUCUAGACGCUCCUCUCACAUUCGACGGUGACGGUCUAGCCUUAGCCUUCAAAUACUUCAACAGCAGCACCCUGACAAUGAGAUUAGCAGGCAUAGCGCAGAUCAACGCGCAUAUAGCGGCCCAUAAUGAGUUGUGUGCGGGGGAGCCGGCACAAGAUGCUGAGGUGGCUGGCCAGCAAUUAGCAUCCUGGCUUACACAGAAUAAUAUCAUUGAGCAUCUGUUUGGACCUAAUCUACAUGUUGAGGUUAUCAAGCAGUCGCACAUGAUCCUCAAGUUCCUGGCGGUGGAAGGCCGCGUUACGUCAGAGCACGUGGAACUGGUAUGGGCAGCCGCACAACUGAAACACUGCGGGCGACAGGUGUACGACUUGUUGCCCGGGUUCAUACGUGCGUUGGCGCCUAAACCGUGCUCGCAUCUGUACAGUUUGCUAUGCUCGCUGCCGCCUAAGGAGCAUACUGAACAGAGCCUGUACUUAGCUUCAGCGCUGAUGCGCGCGAUGUGGUCACGCGGCGCGGGCGCGGGCGCGGGCGCGGGGGCGGGCGCGGGCGCGGGCACCCCGCCGCCGGAGGACGCGCGGCUCAAGCCCGCCUGCAAGCCCGGACACUCCUCCAGCGAGGCCAGCGUCAGCAUGGAGCAGACCAACUCCGACGACGACCCGUGUGAAGAGUUAUCCACAUCGGGUGAGGAAGCGGGCCCCACGCCCCGAAAACAGAGCAAACACCAGCGAGAACUCACAGCAGAACAAGAAGAGUGGCUCCGUGAAGGCGAAGAGCUGACAAAGAAGGAAUGCGCUACUCUGAAAUCGUGUCAAAAGCGCGGUAAGCGCGCCGGCAGCAGCGGCAGUGCGAGCAGCGGCGCCGAGGAGCUGCUGCGGCCGCGGAAGAAGAAGCUCUACAAGAAACGGCACAAGACCAACAAGCAGAGGCACUUUCCAACACAACUGAAGACGGCAGACUUAGCAGAAUCUGUGUCGGAAGUAGAAGAAGAGUCAUCAGGCAGUGAAAAUGCACACUGUCAGCUUUUUAGCGAUAAUGUGGACGCCAGCAGGAGGCUGAUGGAACUCCGCCUAAUGGAGAGCUACAACAAACGCCGAGGCGAAGAGGAGGAGGGCAGCGCCUCCUCCGCCAUCUCUCCUCACUCGCACCGCCUGCCCGACCUCGACGAGGACGACUCGGCGUGCGAGGAGGAGUUAGCACGACUCGCCGCGCAGGCGCAGUGUCUCACUGGUUACGCAGCAGGCGCGCUUUCUCCCCGCGCCCGUCCACCUUCGCCUGCCGCGCCGGCGCCGCUGGCCUGCAACGUGGACGACGUGUGCCGCCCGGGCAACACGCUGCUGUGGGACUUGUUGCAGGACGGAGCUAUAGAGCAACUCGGCGAAGGCCUGGCUCUAGAGGCGGAGAAGGCGCUCUGCGCGCUGCUCUGCUUUAGCACCGACAAAUUUAUCCGAAUCAAGUUCAUCGAGGGGUGCCUUGAUAAUCUUGCCAAUCACAGGUCUGUGGCAGUCUCGCUUCGUCUUUUGCCGAAGUUAUUCUCAUCAUUUCAACAACUACGCGGAAUGGAUAUGCAUCAGGUGGUAAUGUGGGCAGAGCGCGAGCGCGGCAUGAUGCGAUUAUUUCUCGAAGACCUGCGUCACUACGCGUGCCAACCGCGCGCCGCGGGCGAGGCGGCGCACUACGCGCACAUCACAGAACUCACGGUUCGACUGCACUUUCUCACCGCCAUCUUCUCGCCCGUCGGGUCGCCGCAGCACUUCCGGUUAACAGUGGAUCAAGUAGAAGAGUUAUGGCAGUGUCUCGUGGUCCGCGGCACUCCGGAAUGCGCCGACUGCCUCUACUCCUGGCUGCUGUCGCACACCAAGUCGCCCGAGCAGCACGCGCUGGGGCUGGACGCGCUCCGGUUCCUGUACAUCGAGAAGAUGCCCACCCUAGACCCUGAGACGAUAAGCAUCAUGGGCCUCAGCCUGUACCAGCAGCUGUGCAACCUGGCGCGCAUGGCGCUGGGCGCGGGCGGCGCGGGCGGCACCGGCGACGCGCACCCGCACACGCUCGCCAUCGACCAUCUGUGGAAGAUCGCUCUCCGCGCCAACAGCACCGACGUUUCUAUGGGCGCCAUUCAAUACCUAAACAGCUACUACAUGGGCCAGCAACUACUACAAGAGGACGAUUUCGUCUCCAAAUGCAUGUUCCAUCUCUCCUCCGCAGCCGAGAGGCUCAUAGUGAAAGAGCAGGGCAGCGAGAGCUCGAUACCGUCCAUGACGGGCGAAGAAAAGACAGAACCGGAGAAGGUUCCGGAUAAGCAGAAUAUUUAUGAGCAUAUGGCGGAGGAUGCGGCGUUGCAGUGUGUACAGAGGGCGCUGCUGUUGUUGAAAACACAUUUGGAUACAUUUAAAAGAAGAUAUGCAUAUCACCUCCGCCGCUGGGCGUUAGCGGAGUCAGGAGCCUGGGAAGGCGCGGGCGGGGCGGGCACGGUCCGGCUCACGCUACAACCCGCCGGCGCGGGGCCUCGUGCGUCGCUCAGCCUACAUCACUCCGACCUUGUCGCUCAUCUGCGAGCUCACGUUCACUGCUGGUGGGAGCGGCAGAUACAAGGCGAGGAGGGCGUGACGGCAUUGUCAACGGACGGUCCGCUACGUAUGAUCACACAGGGCCAGGAGCUCACUAUAGACUACGACGAGAGAACUCUUUACGACAUGGGGUUUAAGGAUAAUCAGCUGGUGUUCGUGUCGGUGGGAGUGGGCGCGCGGUCCGCGUGGGCGGAGUGGCCGUCCGCGCAGCCCGCGCCGGCGCGCACGAGGCUGCCCACUCUGCUGCUGCUGGACCCCGCCUACUUCAACCAUCUCUUCACGCUGAUGCAAGCGCUGGGGCGCAUGCGUGAGCCCGGCGCUAACGGGGAUUCGGUAGCCCACACGAAAGCUCAACUCUUAUCUCGGCGCGUCUGGGACAUACUCCAAGCGGUACCACUAAACCCGACUUUACUAGAAGCCUUCCAGAACCCAAUAGAAAGCAAGCUACCAGAAUUACUCGACCCCAACAGUCCACAGAAACUCAUGUACUCUCUGCACAUUAUUGAUAAGCUGAGCUCUAAUAAUAAUGGUCCGCCUACGAAAGAACCUUCCGGAAGCGAAAAGACUGAAGAAGAAAAAGUUAAUGUGGAAAAUUGGAAUGAUUUGUUUAUUAAGAAAGGCGGGCUGAGGUUGUUGUAUGACAUUAUGAUGUCGGGUGUGUUACAAAGGAGUGACGAUAGUGAAUGGAGACAGGAUUGCUUGGCGUUGUUGUUGCAGUUGUUAUGUCGGAUUGGAACGCUGCCUUCUUCUGAUCCGUCGCAGACACCAAAGUUGCAUCCGUCGUUAUUAUCAUUGAUGAGCGUGGAGGACACUACAGAAAGACUGAUAUCAAUUCUAUGCGAGGCGGCGACGUCAAAAGAACCAACCACCUACAAAACGGGGUUCUGGGGUCGAGCGCAGGUAGUGCAGCACGCGAUGCGCAUGUGCGUGUGGUGGGCGCGCGGCGGCGGCGACGCGGUGUCGCUGGCCUGGUCGCUGCGCCGCGCCGCGCCGCGCUUGCUGCUCGACGACGCCGACCCAGCGGUUCGUCGCGAGGCCGGCGGCGCCCUCUACCGGCUCUGCUCCCGCGGCGAGGUGGCGGUGCUGGCGCCGCUGCUGCAGCUCCUGCUCGACCAUCUGCCCCGCGCCGCUGACAUGCGCCACCAGCAUCAGCAGCUAAAUGUCGAAGUGGUUCAUCAUCACACAGAGGAAGGCAAGGAGCCGUAUGGACCCGCGUGUCGAGACUACUUCUGGUUGGUGUGCAGGUUGAUUGACGGCCUUCCUGAUGAUUUUUUCAAAGAAGGCGCAACAUCAGAAGACAGCGGCGCGCCAGACUUAAACGAGCUGUGCGAGCAAAUACGCUCCUCCCUUGAGAAACGGGAGAUCAUAGAGAAGAGGACUGAGCCGUGCACGCCCGACGACGGCCUCUACGGUCAACUCAGUCUACUAACACAUUUGCUCAAGCAUCCGUUGCGAUUCAAGACUUCCGAGCAGGGUACUAGGACGUUAGAAAUGGUUUUCUCGUUUCUGUUUGACGUGCCCAACCCGGAGCACCGCAACCUGCCGAAAUGCAAGUCUCAAAAGUCGCGCUCUGCGGCAUAUGAUCUCCUGGUGGAGUUGGUCCGCGGCGCGCCCGACAACUACAUGGUGCUGCAUAACAAGUUGAUGGAGCAUCAUAAACCAGGUCCACAAUCCUCGUAUCCGUGGGACUACUGGCCGGCGGAAGAAUCCCGCUCCGAAUGCGGCUACGUCGGCCUCACGAACCUCGGAGCCACAUGCUACAUGGCGUCGUGCAUGCAGCACUUGUACAUGAUGCCGCAAGCGAGGGCCGCCGUGCUGCGCGCCGACCCCGCGCAUAGCCGGCAUGGCGCCACGCUGCAUGAGAUGCAGAGGAUGUUCGCGUACCUUAUGGAAAGUGAACGAAAAGCCUACAACCCCCGCAGCUUCUGCAAAGUGUACCAAAUGGACCACCAGCCUUUGAAUACUGGGGAGCAAAAAGACAUGGCGGAGUUCUUCAUCGACCUCGUCUCCAAGCUGGAGGAGAUGACGCCGGAGCUGAAGAAGCUGGUGAAGACACUGUUCUGUGGCGUGCUGAGCAAUAAUGUUGUUUCAUUGGACUGCCCACACGUGUCCCGGACUCUAGAAGAGUUCUACACAGUACGUUGCCAAGUAGCCGACAUGCGGAACCUGCACCAGAGCCUCGACGAGGUCACGGUCAAGGACACGUUAGAGGGAGACAACUGCUAUACGUGCUCGCAGUGCGCAGCUAAAGUGCGCGCUGAGAAACGGGCCUGCUUCAAGAAACUCCCCCGCAUCCUCUGCUUCAACACGAUGCGGUACACGUUCAACAUGUUGACCAUGUUGAAAGAGAAAGUCAACACUCACUUCUCGUUCCCCAUGCGGCUGGACAUGUCCGGAUACGUCGAGAAGCACCUCAUGCCAGCACAGUAUCAAGAAGAGAAAAGGAAAUCUGCGGACACGAAAAGGGAAGGUGACAGUAGUCCAAGCACAGAGUCUGAAGACAACUUGGACAUAGAAGAACAUCACGAGUACGAGUUAAUAGGCGUAACAGUGCACACGGGUACGGCCGACGGCGGGCACUACUACUCGUUCAUCCGCGACCGGCAGCACCCGCACCACGACCGCUGGCUGCUCUUCAACGACGCCGAGGUCAAACCUUUUGAUCCGGCGCACAUCGCCGCCGAGUGCUUCGGCGGGGAGAUGACGAGUAAAACCUACGACUCAGUGACGGACAAAUUCAUGGACUUCUCAUUCGAGAAGACUAACAGCGCGUACAUGUUGUUCUACGAGCUGAGUCCGCCGCGAAGCCAGCGCGGGUCCGAAUGCGGCCCGCAGGAGGAGCCGCAGUCGUCUACAGCGGGCGAGUCGCCGCAGGCGGUGGAGCGGCGUAGCGAGUUGACGCCCAGCGUCACGCUUCCCCCCGACUUGCUCAAGUGGAUAUGGGACGACAACAUGCAUUUUCUGCACGACAAGAACAUAUUCCAGCACGCGUAUUUCACGUUCAUGGGUCAAAUGUGCAGUUCAGUGCCGCAGUCGCUAAUGACGCUACGGCCAGAGGUCACUGAGGUCGCGGCCCGGCUGUCCACAUCAUUCUUCAUCGAGACAUUUAUACACGCGAAGGAGAAGCCAACGAUGGUGUCGUGGGUGGAGCUCGUGACGAAGCAGUUCAACGCGUCGGCGGCCGCGUCCGAGUGGUUCCUCGGGCACAUGGCGGACGACACGUGGUGGCCUAUGCAGGUGCUAAUAAAAUGCCCAAACCAGAUGGUCCGUCAAAUGUUUCAGAGGCUAUGUAUGCACGUUAUACAAAGGCUCAGAUCUAGUCAUUGUGCCUUAUACCUGCAGGGUAUGGAGGAGGGCGAGGAUAACAGCAAGUUUGGUGAAGCGAGUUGUGUUACUAGGUUUAUAAGAAUGUUAUUGUCACUGAUGGAGAACGGAGCGCGAUCUCACCUGCGGCACCUCACCGAGUACUUCAGCCUGCUGUACGAGUUCAGCAAGAUGGGCGAGGAGGAGGGCAAGUUCAUGCUGAGGAUCAACGCCAUCGCCAGCAUGGUCAGCUUCUACCUGGGCCAGAACACCGCUGCGGUGGAAUCACCAUCGGAAGAAGCGGGCGGCAGCGGCAGCGGCAGCGGGAACACAGAGAGCGCAGGCGAUAAGCUACGACCGGGCGCUCUGGACAAAAUGGUGGCCUUGGUCGCCGGGCUCGUGGAGCGGUCGCGGGACGCCAGCGGCCAUUUAGCGUUGCAGGAGACUGAUGCUAAGGCGCUGCUUCAUGCCAAGGGUUUCCCAUUCAUCUACCAGCAGACGCGCGACUGCCUGAGCCUGCAGCAGACGCGCGCGCUGGUGUUCGCGCUGUGCCGCUGGAACGAGCCGCUCGCGCAGAAGAUCGUCAGCAUGAUCUUUCAGGCCAUCGCCAAACACUCCGAGAGCUGCGGAUCGUUCUUCAAGCUGCUGACGCUAUUGGUUGAAGGAAGCGGCGGCGGCGCGGGCGCCAGCGGCGGGCUGCCCUGCUUCACGCAGCUAGUGCUGGCGCGGCUGUGGGACUGCGCGGACGUGUGUCCGCACGCUGCGCUCGAGUGGCUCGCGUUACAGGUCCCUCGCAACAAGGCGGCGCACGCCUGGGCGCUGCGCACGGCGGAGCGCUGGGUGGAGCCGCAGCUGCUGGCGGCUCCGGCGGCGCGCGUGCGGGCCGCGGCGGCACUGCUGCUGGUGGCGCUGGUGCCGUCGCAGCACUUCCGCCAGGGCUACGCGCGCGCGCGCCCGCCGCCGCAGGCGCCGCACCAGGCCAAGCUGCCCGACACGGCGCACCACACGCUGCACCAGGUGUACACAAUGCUCCUGGGCAAGCUGAAAGCGGCGCGGAAAUACACCGACAUAGCGGUGCACGGCACCAUGAAACUGACGGCAUAUUUCGGUGUCAUGUCUUACUGCGUCGUCAGCCGCGUCGAGAAGCUCAUGUUCGGCCAGUACUUCAACGACCUUUGGGACCUGUACCACCCGGCGAUAUCAGAGCCCUCAGUAGCCGUUCACCCGAACAAACAGGCGCUAUUAACAUUUUGGCACGCUGUUUGUGUUGAUUGCGCGGAGAACGUUCAGCUAGCGGUGGCGAAUCAGCGGCUCACGAAGCACAUAGCCUUCAACUAUAUACUUGCGGACCACGAAGACGGCGAAGUAGUAGCGUACAACCGCGCUAUGCUCCCCCCCUACUACGCUCUACUGCGGCUCUGCUGCCGUCGCUCGGGCGCCUUCGCUCGCUCGCUCGCCCAGCACCAGAACAUACACUGGGCCUUCCGCAACAUCGCGCCGCACGCGCACCUCUACCCCGGCGCGGCGGAGGAGCUGCUCAGGCUAGCACGUAUCCUUGCCGCGCGCGGCAGCGGCGGCGGCAGCAGCGGCAACAGCAACAGCAGCAGCAGCAGCAGCGGGGAGACUGACGGGCGAGAAGCGGCCGCCUUCCGGCGCAGCACGCUCUCCGCGUAUCUUCAGGGUUUAAACGGCAGGACGUGUUGGACGACGCUGAUAUCGGCGUUCUGCACGCUGGUCGAGAACGAGGACGACCGGCUGUACGUUGUGUAUAAUGGAGGGUUGCAGAUGACUUUCGAGGCGUUACACAGUCUACACGCAGUGGUAGUGGAAGGCGGCAGCGGCUCGCACGGCGUCCGGGAGGAGCUGGUCGCGGCGCUGCGCUGGGCGCGGGCGCUGUGCCGCACGCUGCGCACGCGCAGGGACGCCAAGGAGGCGCGCGCGCUGCUGCUGACCUGCAAGGACUGGCCCGAGUGCGCCCGCCGGCUGCUCACCAUGCUCAACCUGCACGCCAGGCCGAAGCAGCUCCGGGACCUGGCGUUGGGCGUGCUGCGCGAGCUGGUGAUGAUCGGCGGCGGCGCGGCGCUGGGCGCGCUGGUGCCGCUGGCGGCCGGCGUGCACGCACGUCCGCGCACGCGCGUGCACGCCGGCCUGCACGCCUGCCUCCCUUCCACCCGCGCCGGCCCGACCACCCAGCCCACCGUCUACCGCCCCUACCACAAGUUCAUCGACACUUGUUGCCGAGUGGCGUGGCGACAACGCUGCAUGUCGGAGCAGCUGGUGCUACUGUCGGCGCUGUGUGCGUUAGAAGCGGUGCCGCUGCGGUUUAACUACUUCGCCGCCUUCUGGCACGAGGUCGCCACCACGCCGGGGGACACAAAGCUAGAAGAAAUGCUGCUGGAGUGUAGUGUUGUAUCGGAAUACGUCGAUGCGGUGUUUGACGAGCGCGAGUCGCUCGAGGAUCCUGCUAUACACGAUUUCAUGAAACACUAUUAUCCUAAGCUGAGCGGGUGCGGCGCGGCAGCGGGCGCGGCGGCGCUGUCGGAAGAGUUGUGCAGCGCGGCGGCGCGGGCGCCCCCCGCGGGCCUGCUGGCGCCCCCCGCCGGCCUGCGGGCGCCCCCCGCCGGCCUGCUGGCGCCCGUGCGCGCGCUCACACUCCUCCUCCCCCGCGCCCGCCUCGCCCCGCCCAACUUGCGCGCGCUGCUCAGGGCCACGGCCACGCUCACGCACACGACGGCAGAGGAAGAGAACUCGGAUCCUGAGACUGGCGCGGAGCCGGCCGCGGAGCCGGUCCGGUGCCACACGCCGGACGGCAGCGAGCCGGACGAGCAGCUGGACGACAUCGCGGCCGACCUGGACGACGAGCCCGACGAGCCCCCGCCCCCCCUCCCGCGCGGCAAAGACUACCGCGCCCUCCUCACUCAGGCCCUCCAGGACCUCGCCGCGCAGGUCAACCAGCUCAUCCCCGAAGGAUAGACUCUGUGCCCACGCAGUAAGGUCCAGUUUUGUUUGCAGCUAGACGGUUACGGUGGUUCGAGUUUGUUUUGUUUGGAAUUAAGCUCUGUUUUGUAGGUUUCAUUAUUGUCUGGCGUGUUUGAUGUCGAUCGACGUUUUGACGUCGUAAAAUUAUAAAAAUGAUGCUUUAGUGUGCAUCGCUAUUCUAUAUCUAUGUAUUGCUAUGUGUAUUGAUAAUAUUAGGACUUUAUUUUAUAUAAAACGAGUCCCAGAUCUUAAAGGAAAAACACGCCGGAUAAUAUUGAAUGAGCUUUAAAAGUGAAUAAAUUGUUGAAUUAUUUGAAGCGGCGAGAUUCCAAUGUAUAAAAUGUUGAUUAUGUGUUAUGAAAAUUCACCACCGCGGUACUGCUAGUCGGCGAUGAAAAUUUAAACUUAAGUGUAACCUUACGGUUUCGAACGUUUAUUAAAUGUUUACUCUUGAGGAAUGUACAAGAAAUUAUAAGUUGUAAAUUUGAAAUCGGCUCAAUGUUGCAGUGAAAUUUUAGUAUGUACCUAUAGUUAUUAGAUUACCGCCGCGAUUCUGAUCUUUGUAAAAUGAGGCAUCAGUUAGUUCGUAAUCACACUGUAUUUCUUGAACGCGAGUGGUAAGAAUUUUAUAUGAUGGUUCUAGGCCAAAUAGUAUGUCAAUUUGUUAACGAUUGUGCAGCCUGUUGUGCACCUUGUUGAAAACUGACAUAAAAAGUAUGUUAGCCUUAAAACAGCGCACAUAAACUGAAACAAAAAUUCUUCCCGUUCGCAUUCUAGAUUAUUUUUAAUGUAACUUCUACCUUAUUAAAACAACUUAAGCGCAAUGCUUCUUCUCGCCAAAUCACAGCGCUAUACCAGGACUCGUAGCACGGUACGCUUAUCACCAUGCCUGUCACGUUCUAACAAGUAUGUGAGUGCGAAAGUGACGGACUUAGUGAUAGGGGAAACCAUGCUGCGCGGGCUGGUUUAGUGCAUAUGGACAUAAUGAACUUACGGCAUUUAGAUUAGUUUAUUUUUACAAGGUAAUAAAAGCAUGGUAUUUACACAUUACACAUAGCAAGAUUGGAUUAUUAUCUCAUAAUUUUGUUGCUUGUCUUUUUCAAAUCCAGUAUUCGACCUGAAGCAGCUUUUAAUCAAAUCAAAUUUCAAGUCUUUGAGUUACGAAUCUUAUUUAGUCACUGUUUGAAAAAUUGGUUAGAAAUACGGUAUAACCUACUCUAAGUUAUUUAAAAAACCGGCCAAGUGCGAGUCGGACUCGCGCACGAAGGGUUCCGUACCAUUAUGCAAAAAACGGCAAAAAAUCACGUUUGUUGUAUGGGAGCCCCACUUAAAUAUUUAUUUUAUUCGGUUUUUAGUAUUUGUUGUUAUAGCGGCAACAGAAAUACAUUAUCUGUGAAAAUUUCAAAUGUCUAGCUAUCACGGUACAUGAGAUACAGUCUGGUGACAGAGGGACAGACAGACAGACGUUUUACUAGUAUGUUGAAGGCCUCUGUGUCAGCGGAACUAGAUCGUGUUUUGCGUAACUACUUUGAGUUAAGUUUCAUGAGUUUAAUGAUUGGAAUCAUUUUCUAUCUAUGUAAAUUCUUAUCAUACUAGAAUUUAUAGUCAGGUCCCUCAGGCAGCUAUGUCAGUUGUAAAGUAAGUGUAGUCUGUGCGGAAAGAGAAGAAUUGUAAAAUGUAUUGGAUCCCAUACCAGGGGGGUGUCACUACGCAGUUUAGGUACAUUUGGCCGGCGCGCCUCCCGGGCAGGCGUAUGGCAGUGGGCCGCCGCUCGGCUCGCACGAUAGUCGUGUCACGUGGCGCUCGUGCAAAAUUGAAAAUACACAAUGGCUUCCAAACCUAAAUCUCGAUCUAAUCCGUAUAAAAGAUAUUGUUCUGUCUACGGAUGUCUGAAUAAACGGAAGAACAAGGAAGCAGAAAUAACAUUUUUUUAAAUUCCGGACGAUAUUGACCGACAUAUUUUCAGAGGAAUACGGCUGUGGCAUACCGAUUUACUUCCGUGAGAACCAGUAAUACUAUCUCCGGAUAAAAAUUUAAUGUUUAGAGAAUCAACGUUUGGAAUUCCUACAUAUUUAUCUCAAAAAUAAUAAAUCAGUAGAUAUAGGUACAAAAACUUGUUGUCAAGUGACAACCCCGUGCCGACACUCGCAGCUCGGUCAUAAAACUGCGGCGCACAAAGUAGGUUCACGGGUCGUGCGCAGAUAUAAGUUUCAAUUUUGCUUGCAGGCGGGGAGUAUAGGUAUAAUUUUAUACGGUGGUAAAUGUAGCAACAAAUUAUGUCGUAUACUGAAUUUGAAAUGUUGACGCUUAUUUGAAAAUAUAACAACGUAACUAAAAUGUAUUUGUACCGUGUGAUUUUUAGGGUUCCGUAUUUAUGGUUUUAUAAGACAGCGAUUUCAUAUUUAUUGCUGAAACAUGGAUGCAAUGGAUAAAACAGGGACAACUACGCAUUUUUGUCUGCAGCCACGCUGCUAUGCUUUAUGUUGGGUCAAUUAAACUAAGGUUUCAUGGUUCCUUAUAGUACCUUAGUGUGUCCCAAGUCAAAAGUGCAAUGUGCCCUGCACUUUGCUGCCAUUACAAUAUGAACUGCUAUUUGCUGCCAUUACAUUUUCUUGUAACGUUAACAGAUAAAGUACUCGCGACGUGUUCAAACACUAACGAAUAACAAUUACAAUAUUCUUGCAUUAUGGAGCUUCUUGCGAGGACUUUGGCUGUUCAUUCAGUCUAAAUUGACAACCUUAAUAGGGUGAGUGCUAUAGUUGUUGGCCCCUCCAUAGUAAUUGGCAACCCCUAACAAAUCAGAAAGAAACGUGGCAAUGUUAAGAGUCCCCGGCAAGCUCGGCCGAAUUUCACCCUCCCAUACAAACAGAGUUUCGUUCUCAUUUUAAAACUACGGGUUGGAUUGUAAUUUGUAAUGAAACUUUGCACAUACAAUGACAUGAGGUAUAUCUAGGUCUGUAAUUAGUUUAUAUAGCUCUAGCAUAUAAAACAAACGAAAUAGAGCGAAAACAAGUUUUGUAUGAAAAACUUAAAUUCGCUGUAUUUUUUUUACUAUGGUAUUCGAAGCUACCUACAUAAACUAAUUACAGACCUAGAUAUACCAUAUCCCAUUGUAAGUACAAAGUGUCCGAGCAAUCAAUAGGAUAAACUUAUGAAAAUCCUGAAAAGUUAACAGUUUCAGAAUAUGACUAAUGAUAGUAAUGAUAAUCUGACAAUCAUUACAUUAUGACUUUCAAAUUUAUCAUCAAUGUUUUGUAUCAGUACAUUGAGUUAAAUCUCUGGAACCUGAAAUCGAAUUACCUUUUCAUUAAAAGGUAAAUAAUAAUGAAAUGAUCUUUUUAUAACGAUUUUAUCGUUACAUUUUUGGAUGCUGACUCUUCAUAAAAAUAUGUGUUAGUAUAUGUGCAAAUGUUUAUAGUAUGUACUGUAUUUAUGAGUAGCUCUCCGUCUUAUAGCUGUAUGCUGUUAGGCCAGGAAAUAAAUGCCCAAAAAAAGGUAUAGAGGGAAAUGCUUGGAACACAAUUUUUGACUUCGUAGCUUUGUUUGGACUAGUUAGGAGGUGAACAUAUCAAAAGUCCCCGGCCAUAACCCUGGUGCUGGGGGGGGGGAGACCCGGGGUUUGAAGGUUCCAUUUUCGGUUUUUCGAUUAUAUCUCGGAAACUAUGCGUCUGAGCGACUUGGCCACUUAUACAAAAUGAAAAGAGAUUUAAUUAGUUACAUGUUUUAUUCAGUAAAGUUUUUCGAUAUCUUGUAUAGUUUUUGAGAUAUCCGCUCUUGAAGGUUUAUUUAGGGCUCUCAUUUUUAUCUUAAUUAUCUACAUCAGUGAAGCUGCUAGGCCGGGUUUGGGAUCGUUUUCGUAUAAAUCGGGGGUGCUGAAUUCGUUUAUGGUAUCAACAUUGACACCAUUCCCAAGUAAAAACAAAAUUAAAAAAAAAAGAUUUUUUAUAAAACUCCUCUUUACGCUUAAACCGCCUAACCGAUUUCGUUGAAGGAUAGUUUUUAUAACAAAAAUCAUCUUUUAAGGGUGUGAAAAGUGGGGUGCAAAUUUGUAUGGGGAAUCAAUAACCCUCUGAACCUAUUUAAAUAAUAUUUGGGAUGGUCUACAUGUUUGAUUUAGUUGAUAAUGAUACCAAACAUGACUUCAAACCUAAAUUUAAACAGUAUUAACCUCAGGAAUUCAACUUCGGCGAAGAAGCUGAAUUCCCCUCACACCAAAUUUCACACCUUUAAAGUAUGAUUUUUGAGAUAAAAACUAUAUUAUAUCCUGUCUCGGGACUUAACACAUAUUUACCAAAUUUCAACUAAAUCGGUUCAGCGGUUUAAGCGUGAAGAGGAGUUAAAAAAAAGUUAUUUGUUAAAAGUUUAUGUUUUUACUUCGCAAAGGUGUCAAUGUUGAUACCAUAAAUGAAUUCAACACCCCCGAUUUAUAUGAAAACGUUACCAAACCCGCCCUAGCAGCUUUACUGAUGUAGAUAAUCAAGAUAAAAAUGAGAGCCCUAAAUAAACCUUCAAGAGCGGAUAUCUCAAAAACUAUACAAGAUAUCGAUAAACUUGACUGAAUAAAACUUGUAACAAAUUAAAUCUCUUUUCAUUUUGUAUAAGUGGCCAAGUCGCUCAGAUGCAUAGUUUCCGAGAUAUAAUCGAAAAACCGAAAAAUGGAACCUACAAACCCUCCCCCCCCCCCCCCCCAGCACCAGGGUUACGGCCGGGGACUUUUGAUAUGUUCAUCUCCUAACUAGUCCAAACAAAGCUACGAAGUUAAAAAUUGUGUUCCUAGCAUUUCCCUCUAUACCUUCUUAUUGCUUGGCCUAUGUAUAUUUUACAAUUUUGUAUUUCGUGUCAUGUCUCGUAUGAAAAAAUGUGUAGCUUAUCGACUUUGAAAUGUAUCUAUUUGUAUUCUAAAUUGUAACAAUUAUGUUUCGGCUGUGAGCGUAUCUUAGUUUAGUGUUGUGGAGUGAGCGAAAUUUCCCUACUGUUAUCUUUCUCGAUAUCAUACCUACCUGUAAGUCAACCAAUACCCGUCCAAAACUUGUACUUUGUAAUCAUUUGCGAAUGUUUAUUUCGGUCCCAGCUUCUUAAGUUUGCUUCUCUCCUUUCGAACCUAUUGUAAGUGUACUUGUCGUGUACUGUCUAUGGCGUCGAUAUUUAUCUAAAGCUCAAUUUCAAACCAAACAUUUUUGUGAAAUAUUCUUGAUUUGGCGAUCGAAUACUCUUUUGAUAGUUAGGCUAUUUCUAGACAUACCAGUCCCGUUAAACACACUGCCUCAGUCAAGAUUUUAAUACACGGUACGUGAAAUUAAAUUUGUAACUUACGAUGUAAAAUUAUAUAAAAGUUUAUCGUAUAUGUAUACAUCAAUAAUUGUAAGUUAAUAUUAACUAUUCAUGUCCAUUCAUAGUACACUACCAUCCAUCACAAAUGUAUUUGUCGUUGUAGUCGCAGGGGCCGUUCUCUUAUAGGGAUGUCACACCACGCGGCACACCGGACACGGUCUACCGGGACCGGAUGACAUAGUAGCGACAACGCAUUAGAAAAUGUGUGCUCUUUCCUGGGUGCCGUAUCAGGUGUGCCGCGUUGUGCGACAGCCAUUUUAGCUAGUUCUCCGGUAGGUCUGUCUUUAUAGGCAUAGGUCUCGAAUGUAUUGCAUGCAAUCACCUUUUUGAAUAUAACCUUCAAUAGUCGCUUAUAUAACUCAACUAUUGAAACAAAGCAAUAAUUUUACCUGGCGAGAGAACAGGUGACGAGAUGUAUCGAAUUUUCAUAAUUUGUACUUUAUUCAUUGUGUAAUUGUUAACGAUUUAUAAAUAGUGUAUCGGGUAAUGAUCGCGUUACACCGGCCGCGGCCGGCGAGGGGCGGGACGCGGGGGCAGUCACUGGCGACUUGUAAAGUGGUGCUAUCAAUGCUGUUUCGAGUGACUGGAAAUUAAGACAAAAUGUAUAUUUAAUUUUGUCCUGAUUUUAGAGCUUAUUAAUAUAUAUACCGUAAUAUAUUAUAACAGCUGUAAUUAUAUUUUUAUUAUUUGUAAGACAAUUUAUUUCCUAACUGGCGCGGUGCAUGGCCGCCGCCGCGAGUGGUACUCCGCGGGCAGCUUACAUGGACCGCGCCACUAAGAUAUCGCUUGUAAUGAUAUAAACUUGAAACUCGUGUGUUGACCUAUUAUACUAUUACAAACAUUUACGUUACUGAAUUUCAGUGAAAUAUAACUGUGUUAUUGACGUUAAUUUGUGCAAAAAAAAAUACUGUAAAUCGGAGUGGAAAGCCAAAGUAAACAGUAUUUUAUAAA